ACCUCUUACGUUGCGCACGCGACUCGUCACUGUUGGCGCGAAAUUCAAAAUACGAACACGCAUUUUGUUACUUUUGUUUUUCUUUUAAAUUGACAAAUGUGCUGUGCAUUCUGUGCUUUUGUUUAAAAAGAAGUUUAUUUAAAAAAAGUGUAUGAGUGUUUUUGAAAUAGGAAUUCAAGUUUGCUACUGAAAAAUGCCAGCCUACGACAAUGAGGGCGCCACGAUCUCCAUGGAGGACGUGCGCCCGUCCGCCCCCGUGAGCACUAUAGAGGAAGAACUGCACGCCAGAAGACACAGGCAGUUCAGGACACAGAAGUCCACUGUGUCUUCGAGGAAACAGCAAGCCGUGUGUGUCAGAAGGGCGCAUAAGAGAUAUGGCUCGGCGAAAAACCCUAAUGUUAUCCUGGAUGGGUUGAAUAUGACAGUUCCUAAAGGCGCCAUUUAUGGCCUGCUCGGUGCCUCAGGAUGCGGGAAGACGACACUGCUAUCCUGCAUCGUCGGGAGACGGAGGCUCAACUCAGGGGAGAUUUGGGUGCUUGGUGGAAGACCAGGCAGCCCCGGAAGCGGUGUUCCCGGGCCGAGGAUCGGAUAUAUGCCCCAGGAAGUGGCGCUAUUUGGAGAGUUCUCUAUCAGAGAGACAAUGAUCUACUUCGGAUGGAUAGCUGGGAUGUCCACGAGGGAGGUGGACGAGAGGGUGGACUUCCUCAUCACGUUGCUGCAGCUGCCCAACCCUACCAGACAAGUAAAGAACUUAUCUGGAGGACAACAACGUCGAGUGUCACUCGCCGCUGCUCUGCUGCAUGAUCCUGAACUGCUGAUCUUGGAUGAGCCCACAGUCGGGGUUGAUCCCGUCUUGAGGCAGAGCAUCUGGGACCACCUGGUGGAGAUCACGAAGGGCGGUCGUACCACUGUCAUCAUUACCACCCACUACAUUGAUGAGACCAAGCAGGCUAACAUUAUCGGCCUGAUGCGAGGUGGCCGGUUCUUAGCCGAGGAGUCUCCAACCGAGCUGAUCAACCGCUACCAGGCAGAGAGCUUGGAAGAUGUCUUCCUGAAGCUGUCGGUACUUCAGAACAUGGGCAAACGGCGGCGCUCCAGCAUCCUCGCCGAUCUGAUGGAGAAGGUGGAACUACCUUCUGUGGAUCCAACAGCCAUAGACAUCGCAGACGCAGAAAUCGGCGAAAUAUCCGGGGAGUUUGGGGACAACGUUUCCAUGAGCAGCAAGGGUCGAGUGGUGGUAACUCCUGAACUCAAGGCCCCUGUGGAAGCCCUGCCCCCCGAAGAGGAGCCCCCAGAAGGAUGCCUCGAAAGGAUCAAGCCGAUGAAAUGGCACCACAUGAAAGCGCUGAUCUGGAAAAACUUCUUCAGUCUUUUUAGGAAUUUCAGUCUUCUAGCCUUCAUCCUGGGUCUGCCGAUCUCGCAGAUGAUAUUCUUCUGUCUCGCCAUCGGCCACUACCCGGUGGGGCUUCCCAUAGCAGUGGUCAACUACGAGCUGGGACCCAACAACACCAUGGGACCCUGCCACUAUACAGACCGUUGCCCUCAAGACCCGCAGACUUAUGAUUGGAAUCUGACAAUGUUCAGCUGUCAGUAUCUGGACUUCCUGUCGAAGAGACAGGCGAAUUUGAUAUACUACCCGGACAAAAAGAUGGCGAUGCAAGAAGCAGCGAGGGGCAAGGCUCGCGCUGUUCUGAUCUUCCCUGCCAACUUCUCUGAGAGUCUGCAGGAGAGGAUGCGAGACCCACGACACACUGAUGACUUCACCGUAAUGAGCUCUGAGAUUGAGACGCAUAUGGACGAUACUGAUAAGCAAGUGGAGUGGAUGUUGAACAGGGACCUGCAGCUGUCGUUCAUGGAGGCCACUGAGCAUCUAGCCGUCACAUGCAAACUGCCCAAGAGACUGCUCUCCAUACCUGUUUACUUCAAUAAGCCGGUUUACGGACUGGAAACACCGAAUUUCACCGACUUCGCCGGGCCCGGAGUUAUUUUAACUAUAAUAUUCUUCUUGGCCGUCGCGUUGACUUCAGGCGCUAUGUUGGCUGAGAGGAAUGAAGGCAUCUUGGAGCGGUCAUUAGUGUCUGGAAUAACUGGUACAGAGAUCCUGUUCUCCCACGUGACAGUGCAGAUGUUGGUGAUGAUCAUCCAGUCAGGAGUGGUGCUGUUAGUCGGCUUCGUGUUCUUUAAGCUGACCAUCACGGGCCCCGUUGGAUGGGUCAUCAUUCUGACGCUGAUCACUGGGCUUUGUGGCAUGACUUUUGGAUUCGUGGUGUCAUGCAUUUGUGACACGGAGCGAACUGCGACGUACUUGGCUCUGGGGUCCUUCCUGCCCAUGAUCAUGCUGUGCGGAAUCAUCUGGCCUAUUGAAGGUAUGCAUUUCAUCCUUCAAUGGAUCAGCUACGUACUACCUCUCACCAAGUCGACAGAAUCAUUGCGCUCCAUGCUCCAACGGGGGUGGACUAUCACAGUUCCUACAGUCUACUCAGGCUUCAUUUCCACUGGCAUCUGGAUAGCUAUUUACUUGACAGCCAGCAUACUGCUCAUCAAGUUCAAAAAGGGUUAAGUCGAUAUAAGUACCUGUUAAGUUUUAGUAUAGAAGAUUUACUGCGGGCUUAUAAUUUUUAUACGAUUAAUUAUUGUCAACAUAUAAACGUAUUAGAAUGGGGGGGUUAAAAUGGCCUCAUCGAAGCAAUUCAUCUAAAAAAGCAAUAUUGCAAUUUAUUUUAUUUAGAAUAGAAUAGAAUAGAAAAAGUUUAUUAUAAAAGGACGCUACACACAAAAAAAAGACAACAACAUCAUAUCAAAUUUUCACUAAAACAAUUACAAAAAAGCAAGACGGAUGUUCGCUUGAUAUCAUCUCAGAAUCAUGGUCUGAAUCAUCCCUCAAGUUUUCGUUACGAUGUCACUAACACCCUAUAUAUAUACAUAUAUAUUUUUUACAUAUGUUACCUUAGCUAUUUAGAUGGCUAUUAGACAUUUGUUUACAUUGCGCGCAAAUGUCAAAUUGCAAUAGUGCUUAUUUAGAUGAAUUGCUUUGAUUUUAUCCCCGAGUGCUACUUACACUAUUAUGGCUCCAUUUGACAGUACUUUGUAGGGUUCUUUUUAAGUAUCGUUUGUCAUAUUUUUUGCGCAGUAACUGGCCGAUAUACUUGUAAGAUUUGUAAAAGCAAUAAAAUCUUUUAUUAUUACCUACAUAGUUGAUGGUAGGCCUCUUGUUCAAUUUUUUAAAGUUGUGUUGAUAGAUGUAAGCUUGAGCGAAUGGUUAUAUUUUGUUCACAUUUUUAUAAGGCCUCAAUGAGUAAUAAAUGCACGGUUUUGUUGACGAUACCGACGUCAAAAUGUAAGAUAAUUUACACGUGUUUGUUAUGAUACCCACGAAAACUGUUUUUUUUAAUGUUAAAAAUGUUACUUCAUUUAUCUAUUAUAAUAUUAUGUACGAAAUAUUACAGUAAUACCAACAUGUUAGUGACAUCGUAACGAAUACUGAGGGGGAUGAUUCAGCUCAUUACUCUGAGU